AUGACUGGCGGCCGGAGCGACGCCGACGACAUCAUCGACGCGCGUGUCCGAUUUUCCGAGGACAUUCUUCGAGAGUCCGUGUCGAGCCAGCAAAACUCGGGGCAUGGACGGCCGCAGGUUCCGUCGCUACAGACGUCGCAGCUGCCGCAAGAACAUGGCCCCCCUCCACGAUACACGUCGUCGUUGUCGGCAACACCUGUCUCGCCGACUCACAACUUUCAAUCCACAUCACGGUUCAGCACACAGCUUUACACCAUCAGCUCGCGCACGGAAGGCCCCCCGGAAGCGGAUGCGGAAAGAGUGGAGCGAGGAGGGCGAGCGUCCUGGGGAGGGACUGGUCGAGGAAGAGGAGGACGACAGCCGGUGGCCGAUCGUGCAAGGUCCCCGGCUUUCGGGGGCAAUGAGCAGGCAUCUUCUUCUGUAGGGUCAUCUGCGAUUCCACCGAGACGACGGUCAAGAAUGGGCGAUGAUGCUGUUCACCAGAAACAGCUCAAUCGGCUCUCCCACCGAAGUGGUGUGAGCUUUGCCGAUCCGCCAAUCUCGCUGUCGACGACGCGCCCCGAUGUCAGGCUUUCCUACGACGAUGCCGACCGGUUCGAUAAACCGGUAAAACUCUCUGGUAUCGCCGCUUCAGCCUCCGCUCACAUGGCCGACACCAGCGAGACGCUCGCCCAUUAUCGAGACUGGCUCAGCCGCCAGCGAAAACGACAGCGCCGCUGGACCACCGGACCCUACGGUCGUUUGAAGACGCACUCAGCUGCUCUGUACCAAAAGUACAUCGUCGAGGGCCUAAUGCGCCAGAAGCCACUGCUGCCUUCUGUUGACGGUCGCCACAUAUCGGUUCAGCCCGGUCUUGUCCGAGUCUCACCCCUGCUCGAUGAGCGCACCGGCCGGCCCUAUAUCUCCAACUUUAUUCGGCCCAGUCGGUAUACCGUGUGGGACUUUCUGCCGAAGCAGCUUGUCUUCCAGUUUGCAAAGCUUGCCAAUUUUUACUUUCUCAUCAUCAGCAUUCUCCAGAUGAUCCCGGGCCUGAGCACGACGGGAACAUAUACGACCAUCAUUCCGCUGCUUGUGUUUGUCUGCAUCAGCAUGGGCAAGGAAGGCUACGAUGACUACCGUCGGUACCGUCUCGACCGGGUGGAGAACCGCAGCACUGCCUGGGUGCUUGACCCGGGUGGAACGGUGUCGUCCAAGGGGCGGAAGCAUGGCGAUCGGUCGUGGCUGCAGAGAAAAGCCGGCGAGCAGAAGUCAUCGCUUGCCCAGUGGAGCAAGAGGCGGAAAGCGAGCCACCUCCCAUACGACGACGGGAUGGGCGACGAGGGAAUGACGGAGCUGCAGAACGUUCCGUCGGCCGGGGACAUGUUCGAGGCUGAAGGUGAGGGUUGGGGCCUAAACCCGAGCGAGACCUGGACGAGUAUGGGCCGAGAGAGAAUGCCGUGGGCUGCGGUGGAAUGGCAGGACCUGCGGGUCGGCGACAUUGUGCGUCUCCGGCGGGACGACAGCAUUCCUGCCGACGUGGUGGUCCUCCACGCGACCGGUCCAAAUGGCAUUGCCUACAUCGAGACCAUGGCGUUGGAUGGCGAGACGAACCUGAAGACCAAACAGGCAUGUCCGCUGCUCUUUGAGCAGUGCGACUCGCUGGCCGGCAUAGAGGCCUGCAGUGCGGAAAUUGUUUCGGAGGAUCCCAACCUUGACUUGUACAACUACGAGGGUCGUGUGGUGGCCAACGGGCGGACGAUGCCACUGACGCUUAACCAGAUCGUCUUCCGCGGCUCGAUUGUGCGCAACACGGCCGAGGUCAUUGGCGUGGUGGUUAACACGGGCGAGGAGUGCAAGAUCCGCAUGAACACGCACCGCAACAAGCGAGCCAAGGCGCCGGCCAUGCAGUCUGUGGUCAACCGGAUCGUGUUCAUGCUCGUCAUCUUUGUUAUUCUCUUGGCCAUCGGCUGUACCAUUGGUAACGGGAUCUGGGUGCCACACCACGGCCGUCAUGCCUGGUAUCUGGACGACGACGACAUUCCGCUUGGCCAGAUAUUGUUUGCAUUUGUGAUCAUGUUCAACACGCUGAUCCCGCUGUCGCUGUACGUCAGCCUGGAAAUCAUCAAGGUGGGCCAGCUGCUGCUGAUGCAGGACAUUGAGAUGUACGACCCGGACACGGACACGCCCAUGGUUGCGAACACGACGACGAUCCUGGAAAACCUCGGGCAGGUCAACUACAUCUUCUCGGACAAGACGGGGACGCUGACGGAGAACAAGAUGCGUUUCCGCAAGAUCAGCGUAGCCGGCACAGCCUGGCUGCACGACAUGGACAUUGCGCGCGAUGCGGAGGAGAAGGAGAGGAAGCGGAAGGGCAAGGCGCAGGACACGGACCCUGGCGACAGCACAGAGCAGCGGGCGACUCUCGGGCUGCCUGUAGACCGGCAGGCGUCGUCAGACGGCGGACGUCCUCGGACGCCGCAAAAGCCGGCCGAUGCGCCGCUGCUGGAAGAAGACGAGGCUGUGCCCAAGCGAUCGAUGUCGACGUCGCAGUGGCGGUCCAGCGCGCGGCCAAGGCGAGCACAGCCGGAGCUGAAGACCGAAGACCUGAUCCAGUACAUCCGGCACCGGCCGCACACGGCGUUCUCGCGAAAAGCUCGGCACUUUAUCCUGUGCAUUGCGCUGUGCCACACGUGUCUGCCCGAGACGAUGGACGACGGGCGGAUCGAGUUCCAGGCGGCGUCGCCGGACGAGUUGGCCCUGGUGCAGGCUGCGCGCGAUCUCGGUUAUCUGCUCAUCGACCGGCCGGCGCAGGCGAUCAGGCUGCAGUUCCAGCAGCUCGACGGGACGCUGACGACAGAGACGUACGAGGUGCUGGACGUGGUGGAGUUUAGCAGCAAGCGUAAGCGCAUGUCGAUCGUGAUCCGCAUGCCGGACGGGAGAAUCUGCCUGUUCUGCAAGGGCGCCGACAGCGUGAUUCUACCGCGGCUCAAGCUCAACCAGAUGGCCAUCCAGAAGGCGUCCGCGGUGGAGCGGCGGGCGAGCAAGCGCAAGAGCGUGGAGCAGGAGCGCGCGAUGCGGCGGAAGAGCACGACGGCCAGCAUCAUCGGGGUGCACGGCGCGGCGGGAACGCCGCGAACGAGCGCUAGCCUUGCACGAGCCGGUACGAUCAGCACGAUCGGCGGCAGUCUGCGGGGAAUCGCGCGGAUCGGGUCGGCGAAGAGGUCAGCGGACAUUGCGGCGUACCGGCGAUCGGGAGUGUUCUCGGGCGACAUGGACGAGUGGCUGACGCGGCGCGAGAUGGAGGACAUGGACCUGGACGGACAGCCGGCCGGCUACCGAGACAUCGAGACCGGCGGACUGGCCAAGAGCAGCUCGAUGGUGGCCCAGCAUCGGCGUCGGUCACGUGACGACGUUCUUGCCGCAGCAGCGGCCGGAGCUGCCGAGAGCCUGUAUGACGACGCGUACGGUGGGCUCGUGGAUGAGGUGCUGGCGGUUGACGAGGGCGCGGUGUUUGAGCGAUGCUUCCAGCACAUUGACGAUUUUGCGUCGGAGGGCCUGCGGACGCUGCUGUUUGCGUACCGCUACGUGGAAGAAGACGACUACGACCAGUGGAGAGCGCUCUAUCAGGACGCGGCAACCAGCCUAGUGAACCGGCAAGAACGGGUCGAGGCGGCGGCUGACCUGCUGGAGCAGAGCUUCGACCUGGCCGGGGCGACGGCGAUCGAGGACAAGCUGCAGCAAGGCGUGCCGGAGACGAUUGACAAGAUGCGGCGGGCGAACAUGAAAAUCUGGAUGCUGACGGGCGACAAGCGCGAGACGGCCAUCAACAUUGCGCACGCGGCGCGGAUCUGCAAGCCGUUCUCGGAGGUGUAUGUGCUGGACGGAUCGGCCGACGAGGCCGGGCUACAGGAGCGAAUCGCAUCGACGCUGGUGGACGUGGGUCGCGGCAUGAUCCCGCACUCGGUGGUGGUGAUCGACGGGCAGACAUUGAGUCUUGUGGAGGCGCAGGAGGAGAUGAGGAUUCUGUUCUUCGACUUGGUAGCUCGGGUCGACUCGGUCAUCUGCUGUCGGGCGUCGCCGUCGCAGAAGGCGACGCUGGUCAAGUGCAUCCGCGAGCGGGUGCCGCAGUCGAUGACGCUGGCGAUUGGCGACGGGGCAAACGACAUUGCCAUGAUCCAGGCGUCGCACGUCGGCAUCGGCAUCUCCGGGCGCGAGGGUCUGCAGGCGGCACGCAUCGCGGACUACUCGAUUGCACAGUUUCAGUUCCUGCAGCGGCUGCUGCUGGUGCACGGCCGGUGGAACUACAUCCGGACGGGUCGUUACAUUCUCGGGACCUUUUGGAAGGAGAUGCUCUUCUACCUGGUGCAGUCGCUUUAUCAAAAGUACAACGGCUACACCGGGACGUCGCUGUACGAGUCGACCAGCCUGACCGUCUUCAACACGCUCUUCACGUCGCUGCCGGUCAUCUUGCUGGGCAUAUUUGAACGCGACCUGCACGCAGAGACGCUGCUGGCGAUGCCGGAGCUGUACGCCUUUGGACAGCAGAACCAGGGCUUCUGCUUUCGCAAGUACGUCGGCUGGAUGAUCAUGGCCGUGUGCGAAGCCUGCAUCAUCUUUUACUUUAUCUACGGCACCUACAGCAGCGCGCUCUUUACGAGCGACACGUCCCUGUAUGCCAUGGGCAGCCUGGCCUUUACUGUGUGUGUGGUAUUUAUCAAUAUCAAGAUGCUGGUCCUGGAGUUGCACAGCCAAACCAUCGUGACGGCUGCGGGCCUGUUCAUCUCGGUGACCGGGUGGUUUCUCUGGAGCAUCCUCCUGUCGCUGGUCUACGGCAAGAGCAAUGGACCGUAUCUUGUGCGGGGGACGUUUCUGCACAAUUUUGGCCGGACGGCCAUCUGGUGGCUGACGGUGCUGGAAGCACUGGCAGCCGUCGUGACGCUGGAGCUGAUCGUCGCGAGCCUGCGGCGGGUGUACUUUGCGACAGACCAGGACCUGAUGCAGGAGAUUGAGCACUACGAGGGCGUGCGGGUCGUGCUGAAGGAGCACGCGGCCGAGAGCGGGGAGGCGGCCGAGGCGAUGCCGCCAAGCACAGUCACAGAAGCCACAGCAGCCACAGCAGCCACAGCUGACGCAAAAACCACAACACCAACCGUCAUGGUCAGGCCGGCGGCUGCUUUGGCUUACCGCAGGCUCGGAGUCUAG